GGGCCGGGAGCGGCCGGGAGGUCGCUCCGACCCACCCCCGGCGGGUGGCAGCCGCCUCUGGCGAGGCCUCCUCGCCGCCCCGAUGGAGCUCUCCUGCCACGUGCUGAGAACCACCCACCAGGCCAGGGAGGCGGAAGAGAUGCGAACAGAAGCUCGUCGAAAAAAUCUCCUCAUUCUGAUUUUGCAUUAUUUAAUGGAGGAAGGGUAUAUUGAUGCUGCAAAUGCUUUGGAACAAGAGACAAAAUUAGGUUUACGUGGCUUUGAAGUUUGUGACAACAUCGAUCUUGAGACAAUUCUGAUGGAAUACGAAAGCUAUUACUUCGUAAAAUUCCAAAAAUAUCCUAAGAUUACUAAAAAGGCCCUAGACACUGCAGAAUAUAAGCAGCAACUGAGAACUGGAGGAAAGCCAGUAAGGGCAGCAAGCUCUUCUCAGAAUCUCCCAAGGAUCAAACAUCAGACAGUGCAACGACCAUUAUCAAAAACUUCCCCAGGGAGGACAGCAGAAUUGAAAUCUUCCACCAAGGAGAGCCCCAAACAGAAUAAUGACAGUACAGUCACUCUGGAGCAAUCUGACUUUGGCUUAAGCAUCUCAGCAAUCAACAAAACUGGAGGAGGAGAAAGCACUCACCCAAGAAGGGGCCAGAUAAUUGAUUUCCGUGGGAUGAUCCAGGAUACUAUCAAAGUCUCAUCAAAUGAAAUAGCCUUGAACAGCCUUAACUGUGAUCCAGAUCCAUCAGAACGAUUAUUAAAACCCCUUAGUGCUUUUAUUGGCAUGACGGGUGAGAUGAGAGAACUUGCAACAGUUGUAAGCAAAGAUAUCUAUCUGCAUAAUCUAAAUGUGAAGUGGGAUGAUAUUAUUGGACUGGAUGCAGCCAAAAGGCUAGUCAAGGAAGCGGUUGUUUAUCCCAUAAGGUACCCACAAUUGUUUACAGGCAUUCUCUCUCCUUGGAAAGGGUUAUUGCUGUAUGGACCACCAGGUACUGGAAAAACUUUGCUUGCUAAGGCUGUUGCCACUGAAUGCAAUACAACCUUUUUCAACAUAUCAGCGUCCACUAUUGUCAGCAAAUGGAGAGGUGAUUCAGAAAAACUUGUCCGGGUGUUAUUUGAGCUUGCCCGCUACCAUGCUCCUUCCACAAUUUUCUUGGAUGAGCUGGAGUCAGUUAUGAGUCAAAGAGGCACCGUUACUGGUGGUGAACAUGAAGGAAGUCGGCGGAUGAAAACAGAAUUACUGGUGCAGAUGGAUGGCUUGGCCCGAUCUGAUGAUCUUGUAUUUGUUUUAGCAGCUUCCAAUCUGCCAUGGGAGUUAGAUUCCGCCAUGCUGCGGCGCCUGGAGAAGAGGAUUUUGGUCGACCUCCCAAGCAAAGAGGCACGGCAGGCAAUGAUUCAGCACUGGCUGCCCCCGCUGAGCAACAGCGGAGGAGUGGAGCUGAGGACAGAUUUGGACUACGGUUUACUGGGCCAGGAAACAGACGGCUACUCUGGCUCAGACAUUAAACUGGUGUGCAAGGAAGCAGCUAUGAGGCCAGUGAGAAAAAUUUUCAACGCUCUUGAAAAUCAUCAGCCAGGUAACAGUAACUUAUCCAUGAUCCGAUUAGACACAAUCACAACAGCAGAUUUCUUGGAUGUGAUCGCCCACACCAAGCCAUCAGCAAAGAAUCUAAGCCAGAAGUACACAGCCUGGCAGAGAGAAUUUGAGUCAGUUUGAAAACAAAACAAAACAAAACAAAACAAAAAACAAAAAAAAAACCCAAAUACCAAACACUUAUAAGAUUUUUGCCAUCCAAAAUAGCAUCUCUGCCUCCAAAGGAUUGAAUGGUGAGAAAGAAUGAAAUGCUACUGUUUUCAGGAAGGAGGACACAAUGAGGAGUGCGAGGGGGAAAUCUGUACCUUCCAAAUUUGCAGUGGGGGGAGUGGUUUGGUUAUUAUUAUUACUUAUUAUUAUUUACUAGUCAUUUUCAAUGACCAUUCUAAAAUAUUCUUCAUAGAAGUAAUGUAAUAUAAUGGCAGAAUAGCAGCUGCUAUAUAAUGAACACUCAAGCAUUAAUUUUAUGAUAAAUCUUUAUCAAGUGAUUGUUUUUCAGUCUCUAUUCAUUACAGUUUUCAGGUUUGGGGUAGGACUGGAGUAGAAAACUUGUAAUGAAGUUAGAUGUUUAGCCUAAUUUUUCCACUCUGAGGGUCACUAAAGCAUUAUAAGCAGUGUAGCUUUACCAGCAGAGAGCUGCAUAGGUGUUAAUGAAGUAAUUCAGGACCUUAUUAGUGUCUUGUAAAUUUAGUUGCUGCUAUUUUAAUUGGAGAUAAAAGCCUUGAUGUGCUAUGUCUGUUAUUCUCCAGUUGGUUUUGGGUAUUCCCAAAGUGGAAACAGCAACAUAUCAGAGGAAUUUGGGGAUUUUGUGGAAAAUUGGCAUUAUCUACACUAAUCAGCUAGGAACUGGCUGGGUAGCCAGUAGCAGUGGUAAAUCAUAGACAGUUUGGAGACUUUUCUAUUCAUAAACAUGGCCAAGCAACCAGUCUGUAAGACUGCCACGUGUCCUUCAAACAAUGAUUUUAUUGAACUCCAUAUACUAAUAAACAUUUCUCAGGCUUCA